AUGGAAGGGGGUGCGACGGGUCCACCGGCGUCGGACUGGGCCGAACAUUCCACCCAUAUUCGACACGUACUCCUCUACGAGUUCGAAUCUGGCCACCCCGCUGCUGAAGCCCAGCGAAACUUAAGUCAAGUAUUCGCCACUGAAGCCCCUCCUGAGUGGUCUGUGCGCGCCUGUUUCCAACGCUUCAAAGCCGGAAACAAGGAACUCGAAGAUGAACCUCGCUCUGGUCGACCGACUGCAAUAUCGUUCGACGAACUGAAGGAGCAGUAUCCAUAUGAAAGUGUGCGGUAUUUUGCUGCCAGUCUUGGUUGUUCGCUGUCCACCGUGAGCAAUGGACUGCAAUCUCUCGGAAUAGUGAAAAAGCUCGAUGAAAAAUGGGUCCUCUACGUCAACCACACCCAAAAACGUGCGUGGUGCGCUGGCGAUGAAAUGCUGGAUCCUUUAGUGAAAGGUGAAAUCCAUAAGGUCAUGCUGAGCGUCUGGUGGGGAGUUCAUGGAAUCUACCGUUUCGAGCUGCUGCCGGACAACACGACAGUUACUGCCGAGGUCUACUGCGCUCAACUGCAAAGACUGGCCGACAAGAUCCGCAAGGAGCACCCGAAGCUCGAUAACGUUCGCCUGCUGUACGAUGACGCGCGCCCUCACAUCGCGAAGAAGACUUCCCAGAAAAUUCUGGAGCUCGGAUGGGAAGUUCCACCACACCCACCGGAGUUCUACGCCAACGGGAUCCGUGAUCUUGUGAGAAGCAAGCAGUACGCCAAACCGAAAGUGCUGAGUGACGAUCUGAACUCGAUGCGUCAACAAGCUAACUCGCUGCGUCAACACAGGCGGCGCCAAGCUGAAUCUGUUGAAGAACGAAGUGAGCGCCUCUUCGAGAAUGCUCAACGCCAGCAGAGGCGCAAACAAACUGAAGGCGCUGAGAAGAGGGCUGAACGUUUGUCUGAAAAUGCACAGCACCAGCAGAGGCGGUAUCAAAACGAAGAUGCUACACGACGCUUCGAGCGCUUGAUUUUGAACGCAGAACGCCAACGAAGGCGACGUCUCAAAGGUAACGAUGAACAUCGAAUCCACCGACUGCACGCCGAUCCUGAGAAGCAGCGGCGGCGGCGCCGCGCUCCACCAGAGACGAUUGGUCUUGCGCUUAGGAUUCGAACAGCAGAGUCUAACUACUUAGGAGAACGACAACAGUACGGUCAAGUUUACAUCUUUGAUACUGAAAUGGCGGCUCAACAACGUCUUGGAAUUAUUCAAAAUUCGAGCUGUGAUUCAGAGCUUAUGAGCGAGUGGUCCGCCCAAAACAAUGCUUAUGCGCGGUCGUUCAAAAUGAUGAGUGAAGGUGAAGGAUCUUAG